CCGAAACACAACCGAACGCCAUCUCCAACAUUGCUCGCAACGAGCUUGACUUCUGCUCUUUUGUUUCGUUUUGCUUCGGCAAACUCUCUGUUACCACCAGUCUCUGGUCUUCUUGCGUUGUUUUCUAGCGCUUGUUUCCCUGCUUCAACAAACCCACGCGUCACUGCAGCCUGACGUACGCCGCCUACUCGCGUCUUUAGCAGCACCCUAAAUCCAGCCGAGAGGGGUACACGAUGCUGUCUGAGCCGGAUCUGCCCUGUAUCUCGAGCUAUCCUUGUCGCAUUGUCGUUCCAACUAUAGCUCAGCUGUAGCCAACACUCGGGGUGCCGUUCGCCUUGUUAUUGCGGCAAAGUUGAGCUCUUCCCCUUCCUUACCGCCCAUUUUCUUCAUUUGUAAAUCGAUUUUUUUAUUACACUUUUUGUUUCUACACGUCACCCGCGCUCCGGCAAGCCGAUACUGAUAUCUCUAGCCCAAGCUAGACCCCCGAAUAAUCACCGCCCCUACUGCUAGUCAUCGUGUUACAUUCGUAUCGAAGCUGCGCAGAGCACACACCUUAAUACCAUGAUUUCAGACGAACAUUAUGAGAUCUGCCUGCCCAUCCUGCAGGACUCCACCUUGGAGGAUGAGGACAAAACAGAUAGAAUGGAGGAACUCCUCAAAAAGGAAACAAAUCUCACAGGCUCAUCCCUUGAGCAUGUCAUCCUGGACGCACUCUGGAGGUUUCGUGAAGGUGCAGGCGGCUCUGCAUCCCCUCCUCCCAUUCGACAGUCAAUAUUGCGACGACCUUCUCCUGCAUCAUGGCGUGGUCCCGGAACACCCCUAUCUGGCUCACCCCGACUUGCUGUUAGUCCCCUAGCACCACCUGGAUAUGUUCCGGCUUCUUUCAACAGAACCAAAUCUUCUGCGCCAUCGCCCUUUUCUUCGCCCCGGGCCUCUCCUCGUCUUGCAUUUGCGACCCCCGUGAUCCCUCACAGUCCCAGCCUGAACGCGUACGAGUUUGCCAGCGACCCAACACCUGCCACCGAAAUCCUGGGCGAUUAUCAGGCAGAAAAUGUAGAAUGGCUUGUCAACGACGAUGCAGCUAGUGUCUCAUCGGUUGGUACUACCAGUAGUGCCUUAAACGCCGCCGCACCGGAGUUUUCCUUUACUACAACCCAGCAGCUGGACAUGUCUCCGUAUGAUAUGCUCCGCUCCAUCUUGGGUCAAACUAGGACUGAUGAGGAAAUCGAGACGGCCUUGGCAAGUCAUGGCUACGAUCUCAGUGCAACCAUUGCUGCGAUAAUGGAAAGCAAGGCCCAGCAAGCCUCUUUCGCUGCUGCUUCCCCUCCUGAGGAGCCGAAGAGCGUCCUCAUUGGCAAGUCCAUUUCAAACGAGAGCCGCCCUUCAACCCCGCAUAGCCAAUCCAAGAGCAGCAUCAUCUGCAAGUUUUACAUGUCUACCGGCCAGUGUUUACGAGCAGAUUGCCGAUUUAGCCACGACCUCAGCAAUCAUAUUUGCAAGUAUUGGGUCAUGGGUAACUGCCUUGCUGGUGAAACCUGCGUCUUCUCUCAUGAUCCGGCAAAGCUCAUGAAAGAAAUGUCCAUUGAUGGAAGCUCUACUCCUCCAAUUAACGCAAACCUUCAACUACAAGACCUGAAUUCGUUUCCCUCUCUUCAAUCUGGAGGGCCAGAUGGCUUCGGGGGCCAUCACAUCUACACCGGCGCUAUGACGCCCCCUCCGGGUCUGCGAACGUUCCACCCAGCUGAGAGCCCACUCUCUAGAUCUCGUCCCAGCAGUCGACAGCAGCAGGUGAAGGAAGUCGCAGUCCCGGCUCCAUCAUUGGACGACAACGAAGCCUUUCCGUCCUUAGGCUCCGCAUCUCUCAAGCAGGGUAAAAAGCACGGCGGUAAGCGAGGCGGUCAUGGUCAUAAAGAAAAUGUGGUUCCAAAUUCGCUUGCGGAUAUUGUCAAGAUGUCGCCAUCCCCCAGCCCUGCUUCACCUCGCUUAGCUGCUAAACGACCAGGUACGAACGGCGCAUCGAGGAACGGAGAGAACAGUGCCGCCAGCCAAGCUAUCCCAAGCCCUCAGCAGAUCCCGUGGCUUGAAACUGGUGAUCGCGCCAAUAAAGCUUAUCUAAAGGCGCGACAAGAAGCUAUAAAGCACGGUGGCCUGCGUAACAAGUUUCUCCAGAGUGCCGCUCAAGCUUGGAACCGUAACGAUGCCCGAGCUGCAAAGGCUUUAAGUUUGCGGGGUCAGAGUGAAAACGACUUGAUGCGCAAAGCCCACCGCGAGGCAGCAAAAGAGCUUUACGAAGAACGCAACCGAAAUCCUUCUGGCACGUCGGAGAUAUACGUUGACCUCCACGGCUUACACCCAGAAGAAGCAGUCGAGUAUCUUGAAAAGGUUUUGCUUGAAAACAGUCGCGAGACUGGUGCCAUAUAUGCCAUUACUGGCACUGGCCAUCACAGUAAGAAUGGUAAAGACAAGGUUGGCCGCGCAAUUAGAAACUUUCUCAACGAAUGGAGGUACGCAUACAGAGAGUUCUCUGUCCCUGGGGACCGGAACAACAUGGGCGGGAUAUUAGGCAUAGACGCUCGGAGCUGGGACAAGAGCCUAGCACGAGAGGAGCCAGCGCAGGAGGAUAAAGACGUGGACAUUUUGAGCCAAGGAGUAGAAAUUGGCGAUGGAAACGUUCGUCUACUUGUGCGCGAAACCCCCAAGGGGCCAAGCGGCAAAAGAUGACCCUUUGUGUCUCACUCAGAAUCAUAAUCCAAAGAAGUAAAAUUAAUCAUUAAACAAGGGCCACUGAUGCUAAUGCCGUGUGUGAUGUUGGCUCUCGCCGUACUUUUAUAUGUCAUUUGACAGGCACACCUUUGAUUGAAACCGAAUUGAACAUUGCUGUAUAAAUCUUUUGACUAAUGCUAACAUCAAACCACAACACCUGAUAUUUACCUGUUUCUUGACCUUUUGCGCGCCUCCUUUUCUCUCUCGUAGUUGUUCGACUCACGGCCUUCUUCGCUCUGAAUCUCUGCCACCAGUCUCUUGAACUUCUUCUCGUACGCCUCGUCCUUGGCCUUCUUGACGCGCAGCUUCUCUCUGGCCAUGAAGUUUGCAUCCUUGCGUAGCUCGCGCAUAGCACCCUUUCUCUCGCGCUUGUGCUCCUUCUUGAGCUUGGCAAGCUCUGCUCUCUCGCGGUCCGGAUCGUAGUGCUUGUCCGGGUCGAAUGUCUCCUCGAACUUGGGAAUAAAGGUCUUGAUGGCGAGCGGGCGGUGGUGGUGAAGCUCCAGCGGACGGCGGGACAGCUCAGCAAGCUUCAGCAUGCGAGUGAGCUUGGUCUCUGCCUUCUCGGCCUUGCUGAGCAGAGCUACGGGAAGAUGCGAGCGGCAAGCUUUGCUCGUCAGGUGCUUGAUUGCGUCGAGACCCUGGCCUAGUGUCUCCAGGAACGCGGGCUUGCCGGUCCAUGUGUCUGCUGCGGCAUCGAUUGUGUCAAUGGCGGUGCUUAGGAUAGCGACUUGAAGCUCGGAGUCGAUCUCUUCGGCGGGGACGCAGUCGGCAAAGGUGAGGCGGCGGAGUUUCUCCGAUGCCGCCUUGGAUACUCGGCAGCCGGUGGGAGGUGUGUGAAUGGGGAAACCGCCCUUGGGCUUGGAAGCUACGGGGGCGAGCGCAUGGAGCGUGUUGAGAGUGAAGUUGACGACCUCGGGCACGUAGCGCUUCGCGAGCUGCUGGUACUGGAGGGCGAGGAUGGAGAGGUAGCUACCAAUGGCGUAGUCGGAUAGGUCCUGGGGUACACGCUGGCCAAGGUAUCGGCCAAUGGUGAGCAUGGAGGGGGUGACUACUUGGUGGAAAUGAUCGGAGGUAGGGAAGAUGGUGCUAACAGCAGUCAGCAUGGUGAGGUCGGCGGGCUCGAGAGCCAAUGGUCUUGAUUCACCAAUGUCCUCGAUGUGCUGGCGGAACUGCUUGGCGAUUUCAAUGGGGAACAUCUUGGACAGGGAGUGGAUGUGUCUGACGAUACUCUCGAGGACGAGGAACGAUGGCGAUGUUUCGGCGUCCCAGUCGGACGAGAUGAAGUCGACCAGGGUGGUGGCGAAGUUGCCGAGGCGCUCCUUGUAUUCGGCGUUGAGCUUGGGGUGGUAAAGUGCACGGAUACGUUGCACGAUCUUGGGGAUGUUGUUAGAGUCGUACUUGGCGACAAGGGCAGUAAAGUCUUCGAGCGAUUCAGGGCAAGGGAAUGUGAAGGGCAGGCCGUGUUCGUCACCGCCAGCGACGUCUGUUGACCCCGGUGCUUGCUUGAAGGCAGGAUUUCGUGCUUCUUCUUCAUUCAAAAGACCCUUGGUGAAGUCGUCAUCUUCGUCUUCGUCUUCUUCCUCGUCACCAGACUCAUCGUCUUCGUCCUCAUCAUCUUCCAUAUCGUCGUCGCUUUCAAUCAGUUCCAGAUCGGAGCCACUAGCCACCAAAUCAUCAUCGAUAACAAAGUCGUCUUCGUCAUCAAAGCCAAGCUCCGUAGCAGUGGGCUUUGUUCGAGCCUUGAUACCACUUCCCAGACCAAAGUCUUCGUCAUCCUCGUCCUCAUCUUCCUCUUCCUCCUGCUUGCCACCCUUCUUGGCUCCAGAGUCGCUCUCGUCGCUGUCAGACACUACUUCUCCGCGCAUGCGUCUCUGUCGCUUGUUUUCCAGUUCCUUGAGUCGUUUGGAUUCUUCUUCGACAAUUUCUUCUUCAGUCUUUGUGCGAUCGGCAGGCUUGGCUCGUGUGUCCUGCGCAAGUUUCUUGAUUUGCAGAUCAAAGUUCUUGUCAAAAGCUUCACGGUCAAGUCCAGUAAUUGUGCUUGCUGUAACAUCCGCGCGAUUGCUUCCUUUUGAUUUAGAGAGCAGCAUGGCGAUGUUAGGCAGCUCUUGGUCGAUCUGGUGACGGAGCUCUUCAUCGUCCUCCUUGGCAGCUUGUCGUUCGUACUUGUGCAUUUUCGAUUUGGCAAUAAUUUCUUCCAUGACUUCCUUUUUGGUCUUCUUACGCUCAGGUUGGCCAUCAUCUUCUUCGUCAUCGCCUUGGGCGGCAAGAGAGCGAAGACGCUUCAAUCUCUGCAUUUGGCGUUCAGACAUGUCGCUGUCGUAGUCCAGAUCGUCCUCUUGGAAAUCAUCCGCUACGUCUUCGUCGUCCUCAAAUGUCAAUGAUUUACCUCCGUGGGUAAGACCAUCUAUACCAUCGUCAUCCUCCAAGUCGAAUAGGGAGUUCUUCUUGUGCGUUCGUUGCUUUUCAAGGGCAAAACGCUCCAGCAUCUUGUCCUCUGGAGCCAUAGUAGGAUCGUUUUCACCGAAUCGACGAUCAAGAAUGCCACCGACUUUAUUUCUUCGUUGCAUAUCAACAAGGAGCGUAUUUCUUCUCUGUGUUAUAUGUUAGUAUACGCUGGGAGAUGGGCGAUGGCACCAUAGUUUACGCAC